UUUGGUUGGAGAACAAGAAAGCUUUUAGGAUGAGACUUAGUCUUGAUAAGAAGGUCUUGACUUAUCGUAGGGCGUUCGAUAGUGAAUUGGCAGAGUAUUUAUUGAAGGAUAAUAGAUACUUGGGGUAUCGGCUGGAUAUUCUAAUUCCUGGAGAAAAUAGCUAUAAAAUUUUCGUAAAAUUCCUAAACAACUUAUCCCACCCCUCUUCUCUAAACUUGAAAUCCCUGCUAGUCCAGUCUGAUCUCAACGGAAAUAUCGAGAACAAGGUCGACUCACUGUACAAUCUCCUUAUUGAAAAGGGCAUUGAUGCCUCUAAGUUCGAAAUUUGAGAAAGCCAGUACCACUAUUUGGCAUCCAACAUGCUCAAGCAAGGAGUCCAGUAUAGCCGCAUUUGCGACACAAAGAGUAGGAUUUAUUUAUGUUGUAAGAAGAUCAAGUCCUUUUUCAUGAUUCAAAACAACUUUGAAUCUGACUUGAAAUUUAUCGAAGAGAAAGAGCCAGAAAUUGAAGAGCUAGGCUUGAAUUUUUCUCAGAUGGAAUCUUUAUUAGAUGCAAACACUAACAAAGAUGCUUUAGCAAAGAGUGUGAAAAAGGUGUACCUCUACUGACCAUUAGGAUACUACAACAUAUUCUCAAGAGAAGAGGGUACUAGAAUGGAAGAAUAUUUAGAUCUUUGCCCUUAUGAGAAGAUUAAGAACAUAUUUCCUCAACUCCAGUGUGUUGACUAUAUAAUAGAACAUAAAUAAAGUAUCCUUUUCUAAGCUUAUUGAAACUAUUCACGAUGGAGGAUCUAUCAGAUAUGAAGUCAAGAGGCAAAACAAAGUCACUAGGACAGUUAAAAGUUUUGUAUCUAAUAAAAUAUUUGCCUAUUGACUUAAUAAGGCAGGAGAACUAAUCUGAGUGAAAAUUAAAAAAUUCAACUGAUAUCUCAUGCUAAACUCAAAUUACCAAGGUUCAGGAGCAGAGAAGAGAUUUAUUAUCAACAAAGAAUUUAUAGGAUUUAGCUGAGUUAGUCAAAUGGACUUGAAAGAGAUUACUCAUGUCAGAGAUAUACAAAUUACCAAAAGAAAGAAGAGUCAAAUUGCUAAGCUGAUAAAGCAGUUAGAUAAAACUGGGAGAGCCUUUGUCAUUGAAAAUAACAAGUUUAGUUAUGUAAGAGGCUCGUUAGCGAUCAGAUCUCUUAACUUUGUUGAUGUUAAAAAGACCGAAAAAGCAAAAGAAGAUGCAAGAGAAGAAAUAAAAGAAGAAAAGAAAGAAGAAGGAAAAGAAGAAGGAAAAGAAGAAGGAAAAGAAGAAGGAAAAGAAGAAGGAAAAGAAGAAAUGAAGGAACUAACGAAACAAGAUACAAAGCAAGUUGCACUUGAAAAUGAGGAACUCAUUAAAGUGAAAAAGUCAAGAAAACCAGAAGAGCCACUACAAGUAGUCAUAAAUUCGGAUCUUGUCGUAGACAUCGAAUGAGAUAACGAAAAACUCAACAAAACUGAAUUUGAAAAACUCCAAGCAUGCAAACACUUUGCUAGACUAAACUUAGACUUGACUUUAUCAGAAUCAAAAUCUCAAUUAAAAGUGAUCCAAAAAUACAGUGAACUCAAUCUCACAGAUCUCUGCCUUAACACUUACAGCAAAGUGAUUAAGACAUUCUAUAAGCCUCACAAAGAUGCUCUUACUGAAGCCAUCCUCAGUAUGAAGACCCUCAAAAACUUUUACCACAAGCGUUCAGGAAGCGACUUAGAAAUAUUCAUGAGAAACAUGGGCCAAGAGAAUUUUAGACAUUUAGAAAGAUUUUUGUGGUAUUGUAUAGGUGGACAUACAUUCCCAAAUAUUAAACCAGACUUUCUUGAUUUCGUAAAGAUUCAGUAA